UUAUUUAUUUUAUUCACUCGUAAAAAAAAAAUAUUUUCAAAAUUAGGAAUAAAAUAAUAAUAUAGCAAGAUUAGUUUAACAACCUGCAUUUACCCAAAAAAGAAAAAAAAGUUAACAACCUGCAAAAUUUGACCCAAUUGAGAUUUUUUGCCUCCGAAGAAGCAAUUUCUCAUCAUCACCCAUUUCUCCGUGCACACCCAACAUAUACACUUUACCCGAAUAUUGAAAAAAGUAAAAGAGAAAAUAGCCCUCUAAUGAAAUCGAUAAUUCCAAUUCCGAUUAACUAAAACAUUACGUAAUUAAUUGCGUAACGCAAAGGCAAUUCACUCGUCAAUUCCGUCCGGUUUACUACCUUAAUUAAUCCGGUACUAACUUCACGCGCCAUUCCCGGCGACUUCACCCUUUUCUUAUGUCAUCAUCUCCGUACACUCUCCUACUCAUGCGCUUCACGCGCUUUUCCCAGUCGGCGAUUAUCCUUUUUACUAACCCUUUCCUCUUUCUUCCCGACACGAUCAUCCUCUCUUCAUCUUCUUCUUCCUUUUUUCUAAAUCAAUGGGUGAAAUUACCGAAUUCUCCCCACAGGUAACAGCGCCGUCAAGGCCAUUGCCAUUCCGUGAGGAUUGUUGGAGCGAGCAAGCUACAUGGACCCUUGUUGAUGCUUGGGGACGACGUUAUAUGGAAUUGAACCGUGGAAAUCUCCGUCAAAAGGAUUGGCAAUUUGUGUCUGAUUCUGUUAAUGCUCUUCACGGUCAUACGAAGAAAAGCUGGAGAACGGAUAUUCAAUGUAAGAAUCGGAUUGAUACGUUGAAGAAAAAGUAUAAAGUUGAGAAGGCGAAGAUUAUUGAGUCUAACGGAACCCUAAAGUCAUCCUGGCCUUUCUUCGAAAGGCUUGAUCUGUUGAUUGGAAACUCUGAUAAGAAAGUUACGCCUGUAAUGGCGUCUCCAUUACCCUUACCGUUAUCGUCUCCGCCUAUGGGAGUGCCUUUGCCUUAUCGGAGAUCACCGGUGGUGACACCGGUUGUGCCAUUGCCUCAGAAGCGGCAGUUGCCGGCUUUUGAUGAUUCGUCUUUCAGGAGGAAUUAUUCUGCGGUAGCUGCUGCGGCGGCGGCAGCAGGAGGGGAAGAGGAUUGUGAUGAGGAGGAGGAGGAGGAUAUGGAGGAUAUGGAGGAGAUGGAUGAGGAGAGUAGGGAAGAUGAUGGGAUAAGGAGGCUGGCGAAGGCGAUAGAGAGGUUUGGGGAGAUAUAUGAGAGAGUUGAAGGGAUGAAACAGAGACAAAUGGUGGAGCUGGAGAAGCAGAGAAUGCAGUUUGCUAAGGAUUUGGAGGUUCAAAGGAUGCAGUUGUUUAUGGAUACACAAGUUCAGCUUGAAAGGAUUAAGCAUACUAAGCGGUCUGGCUCUGAUGAUGUCUAUAGCUAGCUCUUUGGCGAAAGAGCAAUUAAAAAGAACCAGAAUUGCGAGAUUACGGAGUAUCAUGGGGCAAUCCAGUCGGUGACUCUAGUUUAUCUCCCAAGUGCUUGUCUAAUGAUGACCCUAAUUUAACUGAUUAUGACUUUUUUGAGCAGGAAUAGUUUGGUACUUGUAGUUAAUUAGCCUUUUCGAUUAGCAUAUUUAAAUUACAACCUUAAAAUUUCUUUAUUGAAAUCAAUGGUUGCCUUUUCAGCAUUUUGUUUGGUACUCCAUGAAUAAUCAGUCAAUGGUGCAUCAACAAGGUUACUGUGA